AUUGAUAAAGCAACGGCUAGGUGAUGAUACUCGGGGUACUCCGACGUCCACGAUCGACUAAUUACGUUUUUUGUCUCGUCGCGUUUCCGAAACAUUGUCUCGUUUGUCGAUAAGAAAUUAAUUCGCGACGGAGAAUAUCUUCCGAGGAAGCAAGGAAGCAAGGAGAUGGUUGUCAAGAAUUCUGCACCGCUGCUGGAGAAGCAGAUCGGCUGCAUCAAAUUUACGAUUUUCUGCUUGAAUGUGAUAAUAUGGAUCCUGGGCUGUGCAAUGUUCGGAUUGUCGAUAUGGAUGAGAUUCGAGCCAAUGUUUGAGGAAUGGGUAGAAUUCUUGGAUAUGUACGAGUUUUACAUUGGAAUUUAUGUUCUGAUUGUAACUUCGGUGUUCAUCAUGGCCGUCGCCUUUAUCGGUUGCGGUGCUGCACUUAUGGAGAACAUACUGGCUUUAUACAUCCAUGUGGGCCUUCAAUUAUUUAGUUUCAUCUGCGGUUUAUCUGGAGCGGCGGUAAUCCUUGACUACUCGACAUACGACAGUAAGAUUCAACCCAUCAUCGAACGGUCCAUGUAUAAUCUUAUCAGCAAAUCCCAUCACGAAACAGCGGGCUUUAUCCUAAGAAUAAUCCAGGAAACUGUCGGAUGCUGCGGAGCUGACGGGCCCAGGGAUUACACGCACCUGCGUAAACCGUUGCCCACCGAAUGCCGAGACACUGUUACUGGAAACGCUUUCCAUUACGGCUGCGUCGAGGAACUGUCCUGGUUCCUGGAAGCAAGAUCGGGAUGGCUGGCUGGUUUGGCAAUGGCAUUGUGCAUGCUUCACGUGAUUAUAGCUGUAUUGACAUUAACGCUUAUUCGAGCGAUCAAAAAAGAAGAGGAGUCUAUUACAUUCAAGCGUUAAUUCAUUAUCUAUGAUACGACAGUAAAAUUAUUGUAAUUAUAUUUUUUCAUAGAAAAAAAAGAAAUGAAAAAUUGAAUACAUUUUGUAUUGAAUUGCAAAUUUUUCAUUGAACUUACAUCUAUUUCGGGAAUGACAUUUAUCUAAAAUAUAUAUACGUAGUUUUUAAUGCAGUUUUAAUUUUUAUGGUUUUCAAUUUUUAAAGAUGAAAAAAUUUCUUUUUAAUUAAUUUUUUUUUAGAAUUCCCUUGAUUCAAAAUUUGACUUCUUAAAAUAAACAUCACACAUAAUUUAUGUCACUAUAGAUUUUUAAUUGUCACUAAUUUGUGGCAAAAUUUCAUCUAUUUCGCUUGAAUGUCACGUUUUGUACCUAUAAUCAUUCAUUUAAUCUUCUUUUUAUAAUUUUGUAUGCAACUUUUGUAUUUACAAAAUAUACAACUAUAAUUUAUUAAUCACUUUUAGAAGAUAGUAAUCAUUGAAAGGGAUAUUUUAAAAUAGCGUAAAACAGUGAAUAUAUAAAUCAAUUGAAUUGUUAUUUCUAAUAAUUUCGAAACGAAUAUAAAUAAUCGAAUAAUUCGCCAAGAACAAGAUAUUAUCUUUGAUAUUUUUCGUAAAAAAAUUAUCAUACUAAUAAAUAAAAAAAUUAAACGUAUAAGAAGCAAAUAAAAUGUAAAAUGUAAUUUUAAAUUAUUAUUACAUACGAAUGUAAACAUGAAAUAUUUAUAAUAUUUUACAUAAGUAGUAAUGCAUAAUAAAAAUUAGUAUUUUAUUUUA